AUGUUGUCCAAAAAUAUUGGUACUUUAACUGCUUUUACUAUGAAAUUAAAGAACAAAGAAAGGCUAAUCAACAAAAAAUAUGAAGGAACAAUUAAUGAAUCACGAAAUAAAUCAUAUAAAAAACCUGCCCUGUCAACUCAUAAUAAUCAUUCUUUUUCGAUUCUUCAUUUAAGAAUUGAUAAUCCAAAAGAGGAAAAUAUUAACAGUAAUAUUGAUUCAACUCAAAAAGUUACAUCUGAAUUUGUACCAAUUGACGAUACAAUAUCUAAAGAAUUAACAAGUUUCAAUAAUACUGAAGAAAAAAAUAUUGAUAUUAAUAUUAAAUCUAUUCAAGAAAAUGUAUUGAAAUCAUCUUGUGAGUUAACACCAAUUACUAAUGUAAUAUCUAAAACUGCGAUAUUACCUUUAUCAAAAUUAACCAGUUCUAAUUAUACAGAAGACGAAAGACUUAAUAAUAUAGGUAAUAAACUUGAUGAAGUUUUAAAUCAUAUUGAAAUGAUUAAAAAUACCAAAAAAUAA